GUCACAUGACUUUCCUUGUUUUGUGGCUUUGUACUUUUUAGGUCGCGCCUCUGGAUAACUACAGGCUUGAAACAAUUCACCACAUUCAACUACACCAUCCACUCAGCCUUGGUUUACAGACACUCAGUGGCACGUUAACGAAACGACUCUUAUCUAAAUAACAAAGGAUCUGUAAAAUAUACAAAUAUAUACAAACAUAUAAUCAUAUAAUUCAACAUGUCGUCCAAAGUCCAGCGCAUUAUGGUUCAGCCCAUUACCCUGAUCUUCAGGUAUCUGCAACAGAGAUCACCUGUACAGAUUUGGUUGUAUGAGCAACUGGACACUCGUAUUGAAGGACAGAUCAUUGGAUUCGAUGAGUUUAUGAACUUGGUUUUGGACAAUGCAGCAGAGGUGAACACCAAAAAGGGUACAAGGAAGGAAGUUGGUCGUAUUUUGCUCAAGGGAGACAACAUUACAUUAAUUCAGUCUGCGUCGGGAUCCAUGUCGUAA